AUGGCAGAUUCAACACAAGGGCUCACAUGUGAGCAGAUCGACUUCUUCCAUAAGAACGGCUAUCUGCUCAUCCCUGAUGCAUUGUCGCAGAACACAGCCAAGCAGCUGCUGGCUGAUACCGACAAGAUGCUGCGCGAUUUCGAUUUGGGAGACCACCCAAUGACCAAGUUCUCGACCGGUGGCGACGACGGCGCAGACCACGUCGGCGAUGCGUACUUUCUCGAGUCUGGGGACAAGGUGCGCUUUUUCUUCGAAGAGGAUGCCUUCGACAAGUCUGGCAACCUGACCAAGCCCAAAGAGCGCGCGAUCAAUAAAAUUGGUCACUAUCUGCACGAGCUCUCGCCAUCCUUCCGCGAUAUCUCACUCUCGGAGAAGAACGCAGCUAUCGCGCGCGACCUCAACUUCCGCGAUCCUCGAGUGCUGCAAUCCAUGAUCAUCUGCAAGCAACCAGAGAUUGGCGGCGCAGUACCUUCCCACCAAGACAGCACCUUCCUCUACACAGACCCACCAAGCGCGGUAGGUUUUUGGUACGCGCUCGAAGACGCGACGAAAGAGAAUGGCUGCCUGAGCUUUGCGGCAGGUAGCCACAGGCGCGCGGCCGUGAAGCAGAGGUUCGUGCGGAAGGGCGAGAACGGCAAGGAAGGCACUGGCUUCAUCGACAACGACGGGCCGCAGUUCCCCAAAGGUCUGCAGACCGAGUCUGAGACAGGUAAGGAGGAGGUGUAUGAUAUGGGCGAGGUCAAGGCCGGCACUCUGGUCCUCAUUCACGGCAACAUUCUGCACAAGAGCGAGAAGAAUACCAGCCAGAAGAGCAGGAACAUCUACACGUUCCACGUCAUCGAGGGCGAAGAGAAGUAUGACGAGCGGAACUGGCUGCAGCCGCCCGCGAGCGGGUUCUCGAAGCUGAGCGUCGGCGCAUAG